AAGAUAAUGCUCUCAGCGGAGAGGGUUACAAAAUCUCGCGCAUCGAAGAGAAACUUCUAACAUAUGGAUCCCAUUAUCUUAGAGAGAACUACAAAUCUCACAUUGAUUAUUUAUUAAAGUGAUACGGGUUCAUAUCACUUUUAGCUUGGAUAUUUUUUAUGAGAUAAAACCAUGAGUUAGAAUGGAUAAUACCAACCUUAGUCAACGAAUCCAAACGAACAAUAUCUCACAGGUUGGUGUGGAUCGUGACACUUCUCAACAUGACAUCCUUCCCUCGGCUUCCACAUCAAUAUCCUUUCUUGGCUGCUUUGGCAUAUCCUUCCCUUAGCUCCUCUCUGGUAUUUUCCCUGGCUCCCACAUCCACAUCCUCCUUUGGCUCCUUUGUUCACUUUUGCUGUAAUUGAGAUCCAUGACCUCACCAUGACAUCUUCCCUUGGCUCGUCUUUGGGAUCUUCCAUUGACUCCCACAUCAACAUCCUCCCUUAGCUCCUCUGUUCGCUUUUGCUUUGGCUAAGACCAUUGAUCUCACCAUGACAUCCUUCCCUUAGCUUCCAUAUUGACAACCUCUCUUGGCUCUCCUUUGGGAUCUUUCCUUGGCUCUCACAUCGACAUAUCUUUCCCUUGGCUCACACAUCGACAUCCUCCCUUGGCUCCUUUGUUCACUUUUGCACUGGUUGAGAUCCAUGACCUCAUCAUGACAUCCUCUCUUGCCUACUCUGCGAGGUCUUUUCUUGGCUCCCACAUUAACAUAUCCUCCCUUGGCUCCUGGAAUCUUCCCUUGAUCCCACAUCAACAUCCUUCCUUAGCUCCCCUGUUCGCUUUGCUCUCGAAUGGACCAAACGUUCUUGAGGAUGUGGGGGUUGAAUUGGCAAGGAGGAAAGCUGAGAAUAGACGCAUGGCGAGGUGGCUAAGGGCAAAGAAACUCAGAGUUAAAUGGAAGAAGAAAGAACUGCGGCAGAUUAGAAGAGUGAACCACCUACUUAUUGCGGCGAAUAAACGCAUGCAAGAAUUGGUCGACGAUUUUCUGCUUACCGCUGAAGCAGAUAACAAUCCUGUUCGCCUGAUGAAUGAAGCUAUCCAAGGAAUGAAUGAUCUCAACCUCCAUGGAAACUAUAAUAUCCCUACUGUGAACCAAGUGCAACCUUGCUGUAACAGUGGCAGGGCUGCUGAUGGCGACAACAACAGUUAUAAUCGUGGUGGAGGAGGCGGAAACAGCAGAGGUUAUGGCGGUGGCCACGAUGGUGGACUCCAUGAGUAGGGUGAUGUUGGAGCCCGUUUAACUGUGACCGCCUCUCUAGUGCCAGUAAGUAAUGUUGCAGGUCUUAAGGUCAGAGUUUGAAUAAUUUGUUGUGUUUGAGUCCAACGGUAGCUUCUGGCUAGUGUUACUGUUUUCCGUUUUUGGUGAAUCAGCCUGUUUGUGUUCUUGGACUAUGAUGUUUUACUGGUACAGUUUAACCAGUUGCAAUCAUCAGUCAAAAGUGUUAUCAAUUUUGCGAAAUCCUCCAUAAAUAACUUGUUAAUCAGUCUCCUGAAAGCACUCCUUUAUAUUUUUUUGGUGGAUGAUGCUAUAUACUAUAAUGAAAC